AUGUCUCCCCGAACACGAAUAAUUGUCACCCGCAUCAAAGCUGGCCUCCAUGCUGCUGACCAGAAUAUGCUGACGAUGGAGGGAAGUCGUUGUAGGAAUGCCCAGUUUGUGAUGCAGGUUGUCGACCACGUAGACUGGCACUGGCAGCUGGAAGCUUUUUGCUAUGACUCGUGGCUCAAGAGAUCACGAGGACGUCCGCUCUCAUUAGCACUCGGGCGCUACCCAUCGACCAACCUAUUGCGAAGCUUUCUUCAGCCUUACAUCAACCAACCAAACCGGGUCUCUCUUCCUAUUUUUUUCCCAAGGAGAAACCCAACUCAACUUGAAAUCUCGUUGGAAAACCUACCAGCACUUCAGGAGCUGGUCAUAGCAGGGAUGAGUCUUUACAGAGCAGCUUUUGUACGAUCUAUCUCAACACUUCUGUCCACUAUGCGCGGUCUCAAGAUCCUUGAUGUGAGUCCGCCUUUCGAACUCGAGCACAUAAAUCCCGCGUGCGGCUACCUGAUAAAUGUCGAAAUCACCAUAUAUCUCGCGAAUGGAGUCCUGCUCCUACUCCAAUUAUGUCCCAACCUCUCCUCGAUCACGAUCGACGUAACAAGUGAACCAAAAAACCCCUUAGAGCCCUUGCGCACGGUGACCGGAAUCCGGACCUUAUGCAUCACCGAUACUUAUUAUACCACACACCCAGACUCUUUGUCGGACUUGUUCAAUGCUCUAUCAUUGUCCAAUUUGCACGUUCUCGAAGCUCUCAGCGGUGCCAAUGCAGUGCCUCAUCAGUUGUUGGUGGCAUUUUUGGCACGGUCAAAGUGUCCUUGGAGAGCCUGA